AUUACACUUCCGUAAACACAACAACAACAACACGGAAAUAAAAUUCACAUGGGUUUUUAUAUGACGUUUAUUACAAUAUGCAUACGGUGACAUUAAAGAUUGAUUAGGUAUUCUCCAAUUGAAAGUGAUUUUCAAAAUGGCGGAGGGAAGCGAGUUGCAAGAAGAUUGUGUUUUAAAUUCAAAAUAUGUUCAGAUUCCUCUGGAAGCGCUGAAUUCAAGUUGCAGAAGACACAUUGCUUUACACUUAAACUUAGAAGGAAGUUUAAAUGAAGACGUUAAUUUGAUGAAUGAUUUCAGAGGACUGGCAGAAAUGGUCGGUUUUGGAUAUUUAGAAAUUAAGAAUUUCGAGAGAGAGAAAAGUCCGACAGAGCAGUUACUUGAAGAUUGGACCUCCAGACCAGAAUUCUCACCAACUGUAGGAAACUUGUGGAGUUAUUUGAUGUCUUUAGCAAGGUUUGAUGUUCUCACUGACAGUAAAAAAUUCAUUGAGAGAGAUUGUGACAAAUAUAUUGAAAUCAAAUCCAGAUUUAAAACUAACCAGAAACCAAUUCAGGAUAGCACAGUGUCACAGACAUUAGAUCAUGAUGUUGAUGAAUCUGCUGUUAUGGCUGUCGAUGAUGUUAUUAAAGGCAUCCCAACAAUAUACGAUGCAUUUGUGUGCUAUAACCCAGAGGGAGAAGACUUGAUAUUUGUAAGGAAACUUAUCGAGAAACUUGAGGAUGAGAAUGGUCUGAAACUGUUUGUACCUUGGAGGGACGACCUUCCUGGUGCCUCACACAAUACUGUUACAGCUAAACUGAUUGAACACAGAUGUAGGAGGAUGAUCAUUGUUAUAUCACCCAGUUAUUUGCAGAGUUCAGCUUGUGAUUUCCAGACAAAAUUUGCUCAUGGUCUUUCACCAGGUUCACGAAAUAAGAAACUGAUUCCAGUGCUGAUACAAGACUGCACCAUUCCUGAAAUUUUGAGACAUAUCACCUGUUGUAACUACACAAGGAAAGAAUUACUGGAGUGGUUUUGGACAAGGCUUGUAUCCUCACUUAAGGCACCUUUAAACCCUUCUGAAUGUAAGUUCCGAAACCAAAAUGUAUUAAAUACGUUGAAUCUGGAUACUUCAUCAUCGGUACCUGGCUGGUCAGAUUCAAGUUCUAGCCAGGGGUCAAGUUCAUUGUCAAGUGUUGGUUCCAGUGGAACAUCAGGGUCAUCGUCAAUGAGUACUUCAACUUAUUCCUCUGGUUCCUCCUCGGAUACAAGAGGUAAUGAUUACAUUCAGCCGACAGCAAACUACCCACCUUAUCUGGAACUGUUAUCUGCCUCUCCACCAUUACCCAGGAGAUCAAAUGAUUAUGAACGAAUCAGUAAUAUUCGUCGUUUACAAGGGGUGGAUAACUCUGCUUCAAAUGAAGUUGUUGCUGAUACUUAUGGUCAAAGAACAGCUCAUUACACUCAGCCAAUAGCUACUCGGGAUAGAAGUCAGUCGCCUAGCAACGCAGCCAAUCGGGGAUACCAGACUUUACAAACAUCAAGUUCAGCAGGCGGACAGACGCAGCAGAAUUUGUCCCCUCUUGCUAGAACAGAUCUGUCAUCACAAGGCAGUUCUCCAGGUGUCAAUCGACGACCCGUCCCACCAAUCCCUACACAAAACUCCUGUAAACAAAGUGAAGCAAAAGAAUAUUUUUGCUGAAAAGAAACAUAUUGUGAACCUUAAUGUAACACAUCUUUAGCUCCCCUGAGUAUCAAUGCCCAGAGGUGAGCUUUUGUGAUGACAAUGUGUUAGUCAUCCAUCAUUUAUUGUUUCUUAUAACAACAUCUCAGGUGAGUGACCUAGGGCCCGUUAUCUGUCUUGUUCAUUUAAAAGGAUCUGUUUAUAAUUAUAAUUACUGACAUAUAUUGGAAGCAUAGACAUAUCAAAUACAGUGUACAUACUGUAGAAAAUGAAAAAAUAUACAAUUUACAUUCUUAUUUUAAUGCUGAGAUAAAUUUAUGUUUAAAGAUACAUGUUUUUUAUUGGAUAUCUUUUAUUUUGCAUUUGAAAUUUCUUUCAUGCUAUCAGCUGUAUAAAGAUGUAUAUAGGUAUAGGCAUUUAUGAAAUAAUAUGCUUUGUAGAAACAUUUAAGUGCUGUUUUAUAUUGUAUGAUAAGUUUUUCAACUUAGGUUUUUGGGAACUUCCAUUAAUUACAUAGUGUUUAAAGUUACCAUUACUGCUUAUGGUUUGAAUCUCACUAGGACUUCAUAUAGUUUAUGAAAGGCCAGUGGUUCCACAUAUUGGCCUAAAAAUUCUUGAAAUAAUGAGUUACCUGAAUUCUGUUUUGUAAAAUAACAUGUACAAUGUUAGUGAGACUUUGAAACAUUGCUCAACAAGUUUCAACUAUUCAGAGGGGUGUCCUCAGCCAAUGGUUUAGGUCAUUGUCUUCAAACCACUUGCCUCUCACAGCUCAGGGUUCAAUUCCCGCCAUUGACUUUGAAAUCUUUCAUGUAAGGAAACUAUCCAGCUUGUACCUGGCCAUUGUCCUGUCUAAAAUAAUGCACAAAGAAGCACCUGAGGUCUUUCCUGCUACAAAAAAUCUUUAUUGUCGCCAUAUGACCUUUACAAUGUUGAUGAAAUAUAAAACCCAACAAACAAAAAAAACAAGAAAAACUUAUUUCAGAUGUGUUCUUCACCUGUAUAUCUACCUACUUACAAUUAGCAUCAAAAAUAGGUUUGAACUUUUUAUGAAAAAUGGAUCAAACCAGUUUUUUUUUACCACUUUAGUAGUUAUUACUAUAAUGAUGUUCAUUUGAGAACUUCUUAAAUAUCAUUUUCAAGAAAUAAGUAAUUUCCAUAUACGCCAUGUGGUCAACCACAAUUCAGUAAUGAAACUAAGAUGUUGUUAUGUAUUUUAAUUAAACAGUCAUGUAUUUACGAUGUGAUAAUAGUAAAUGCAUUCCAUGAACUUUCUGUCAUAAUCAAAAAUUGAUUAACAGUAAACUAUUCUUUUUAUUAUACUUAUACAUAAUGUGUAUCUUGAAAAGCAAACAUUUUUUCUAGAUUGUUUUAAUUAAGUUUAAAGUGUAAUGUUUUAGCAGUCUAAUGAGAAAUUUGUUAUGGACUUAUAUUGCACAAAUUUGACAUUAGUAUUGCAUAAUUAUCAUGUUUUUACAUCUUGUGUUGCUGAACUACUUUGUGUGAUAAAUGUAGCUAAAUUCUUUAGUAUAAUGCAUUAUGUUGCAACAGAUCAAAAUACCUACUUUUUUCUAUGAAGAUCACUUUACAAUGAUCUAUACACUAAGCAAGCAUUUUCCUUUUACAAAAUGCUAUCUUU